AUGGUUGCACAAACGGAUAAACAACAAAGCCACAGGCCGGGCGUUUACAAGCAGAAAAACAAAGGACACAAACAUGGCAGGCAUCGAACAAAAGGUGAAAUCGAAAGGGAGAACAAAGGGAGGGUGUCCGUGAUCGCCCUCAGCAAAAAACAGAGAAAAGAGCAACGGAAGAUGGACAGGAAGAACAAAGCCAAUCAGAUUCGCAAGAAUAAGAGAGACAUGAUUUUAUCGGAGAAACGCCGUUUGGGCAGCCGGGAUGGCCCUCCUAUUCUGGUUGCUGUUGUGUCACUUCAUGCAUCUGUGGAUGCUGGCUCUGUAACUAAAUUGCUACGCCAAGAGGGAGCAGGGGGUGUUGUACACCAGGAGCAGGCUGUCAGUGGCGCCAGUGACAGUUUCGGGCUAGUCGUGCCUCGUUUUAAACAAAGAUUCACCUUUCUUAGGAUCAACACAGAUGACAUGCAUUCACUGCUUGAUGUUGUAAAGAUGGCAGAUAGCCUUGUGUUUGUGUUGGAUUCAUCUGAAGGCUGGGACAACUACGGGGAUUACUGUCUCUCCUGUCUAUUUGCCCAGGGCCUCCCCAGCUACGCUCUUGUGUGUCAGGGUGUAUCUGACCUCCCCACAAAGAAGAAGGUAGAGUCUCGCAGGCUGUUGUCCAAAAUCACGGAACUCCGCUUCCCAGAGGCCCGUCUUUUCCCACUUGACACAGAGCAGGAUGUCACACUUAUGCUCAGACAUUUGGGCAUGCAGAGGCACCGAAAGCUGGGUUUCCGGUCUCGGCGCUCCCAUCUAAUUGCCCAAUGUGUCGCUUAUACACCCAAUACCUCCUCUGCCCAAUGCUCCACUGGCCUUGGCACUCUCCAUGUCUCUGGGUAUGUUCGCGGACGUCCUCUCAGAGUGGACAGGCUGGUGCACAUCAGUGGACAUGGAGACUUUCAGCUAAGUCAGAUUGACGCGCCACUGGACCCGCUUCCUUUAAUCACAACUGCACCAAGGCAAUCAAAGCCUGGCAAGGGAGGAGAUGUUGAUAUGCAGGAUAAUGAGGAAACCGAGGCUCCCGUUCGAGUGCUCAUGAAAGCUGACCCCACUUGUAGGGAGAGCCUACAGUCGGAGGCUGAGGUGGACCCAAUGGAUGGAGAGCAAACGUGGCCCACAGAAUCGGAGCUGUUGGAAGCAGAAGAAGCCAAAAAGAACAAACGGGUGAUGAAAGUCCCAAAAGGAACAUCCGACUACCAGGCGGCGUGGAUUGUUGACGAUGAUGAGGAAAACUGUGAUCUUGAUGAAGAAAGUAGCGAAGACGAUGAAUAUGAUGACGACAUGAUGGAUGAGACCCUUGAUGGGAAUGACAAUGACUCACAGGAUGCAGGUUCGGACCUUGCCUCAGAAACUGAGGAGGAGCAGCAGGAGGAGGAGGAAGAAGUAUGCUCCACUGAGCGAGCCGGGGCCGACCAGCGUUACGAUGAAGACAUGGAUGAGACUGCGGAAGAGGAAGAUCUGAAGCGUUACCGCGAGGCACGAGCAAAUGACAUGUUCCCCGAUGAGGUGGACACGCCCCUCGACGUGGAUGCCAGAAUCAGGUUCCAGCGCUACAGGGGCCUUAAAAGUUUUCGCUCGUCUCCCUGGGAUCCCAUGGAGAAUUUGCCUCACAACUAUUCUCGCAUCUUCCAGUUCCAGAACUUUGAGCGUACCCGCCGCCGCAUCUUGACUGAAGCUGCUCAAGAGGAGGAGGGUGCCAUGGUGGGCUGGUACGUCACGCUGCACGUCAUUGAUGUGCCGCCCUCCGUGAUGGAAAGCGUGCAGGCAGGGAAGCCACUGGUGCUAGUGUCUCUUCUACCGCAUGAACAGAAGAUGUCAGUGAUGCACCUUUCAGUAAGGAGGCACCCCAGCAACUCUGAGCCCAUAAAGUCCAAAGAGGAGCUGGUGUUCCACUGCGGUUUUCGGCGAUUCAGGGCCUCGCCCAUCUUUUCCCAGCACACCUCGGGGGAUAAACACAAGAUGGAGCGCUUUCUCAGGCCAGAUGCCGCUACUGUGGUGUCAGUGUAUGCUCCCAUUACCUUCCCCCCGACAGGAGUCCUGCUUUUCAAACAGAGAGAUGAUGGUGUCCAGGACCUUGUGGCCACAGGCAGCCUGCUCAGUUGUGAUCCUCAACGCGUUAUGCUCAAGAGGAUCGUGCUUAGCGGACACCCAUUCAAAAUUAACCGAAGGUCUGCCGUUGUCCGUUACAUGUUUUUCAACAGAGAUGACAUCAUGUGGUUCAAACCUGUGGAGCUUCGCACUAAAUGGGGACGGAGGGGCCACAUCAAAGAGACUUUAGGAACUCAUGGUCAUAUGAAGUGCGUGUUUGAUAGCCAGCUGCGCUCUCAAGACACAGUCCUGAUGAACUUGUACAAGCGGGUCUAUCCUCGUUGGACGUUUGACCCCUAUGUCCCCUUGCCUUUGCCCUGGUUUAAACGAGAGUCGACAGUGGACGUGAAUGACUUGGACAUGGAGUAG